AGUGACCAACACAGAACAGAGAGGAAGUCCACCUGACACCCUGUGAAGACUUUAGAUCCUCCAGUACUAACUACAACCCCUAUCAAGUUGAAAGUGACCAGCACACCCUGAAGAAAGACAAGGUUGGGAUCCACAUCAAAAACAGCCCUUGCACCAAAGACACUGGAUACACACAGUCUACAUAGGGAUGCUCCCACAUAAAAAUACCCCUUCAAGAACACAACAGAUAACUAUUUCUCCUAAAUUCAUAAAGACAGAGAAAGUUAAGUAAAAUAAAAGGCAGAGGAGCUCUUCCAAAUUAAAAGAGCAAGACAAAACCCCUGAAAGAAGGGGUGUGAAGGAGAGGAAGGCCAUGACUAGGGACUCUUUCUCCUUGCUGCUCAAGAAAUGUCUUCAAUUUCAGAAUAUGCCUUUCACAUGAGUCAUCUGAGUGCCCAGUUGUUUGGUGAAGUUGCCAGACCUACUGAUUCCAAAUCCAUGCAAGUGGUGAAGCUGUUUAGUGAGCAGCCUUUGGCCAAUAGGAAGGAGACUUAUGACUGGUAUCUAAGUCACAACACUUAUUUUGCACUCAUGGGAGCACUAUAUUUUCUUGACCUCUACAGAGACGAGCAUCAGGACUUUCAGGAUGAGCAGCUGCAUCUGAAGAAGAUUUGUGGAAAGCGGAAACCAAGGAAAGGAGAAGGGAAAAGAACAGCGAAAAAGAAAGUGUUGGUCCAUCAAGAGAGAAGACUUUUCCCUCAGGGACUGAGAGCAAGAGGAAGUGUAUUUAUUGUCCUUCCACAUACUGGAGGAGUGUAAGCUUCCUAAGUUGAAGGUUAUUUGGAGGAACACAGUCAUCUCCAUGUUGAAGUCUAAUCCAGCUGAAUUGUAACUUGUUGCAUGAAUACAUUCUAAUUCUGCAAAAUUAUUUGCCUUGGUUCUGUAAUCUGAGGUUUACCUUAUUCCCCAAAGAAAUGAAUGCAUGAUUAUUGUUGAAUGACUUGU